GAGCGAAAGGUCAUUAUUGUUUUAUCUAGACUCAAAGUUGCCCCAAAUACAUACAGCUGUAAUGACCUAUACGUUGCAUUCGGGUUAAGAUAGGUAGCGACAGGUCUGAGAGCAUAAAAAAUGACGAAGUCGAAGGGAAACUCGUUGAGGAUCAAGGACAUUUCAGGGACCUCAACAAGUACUGGAUGGCGCAGCCAAGGCGCCCAUGUUGAUUUUGAGGGUGUGUUUGAAAUCCCCACUUUGCACUAUGGCGCUGAUGCCGAGAAAACGCCUACUAUCCACGCUCAGUUUGAAGUGACUGAAUCGGAAGAAGACACUCUUGGUCCGGAGGAGGAAGAGGAAGUGGAGGAGGAUGAGGAGGGUGAGGAGGGUGACGAGGGUGACUUUGGUAGCGAGCGCGAGGAAGCAGUAGACGAGGGUGAACAGGGUGACGAGGAUGAGGAAGAAGGAGACGAGGAAGAAGAGGACGAGGAAGAAGACGACGCUGUCUUUGAGCGGACUGUUGAACAAGAGAGGGGGAACCAAAAUGCGUACAUCGAGAAGUUUUUGAGGAGGGCAAAGCAGUCCGAGGAAUUAAUCUCUUGCCUGUGGAGCAUUGUGCUGUUCCAAUCGGCUGUGGAACUGUGGACCAAACAUGCAGACCAGGAGAGAUACAAAUACUGUGGGGAACUAAUAUACUUCGCCUCUGCACGAGAGAGCCACGAGGAUCUGGCACUUGCUUGGGUGAAUGUGGGGUCGAUUUUGACCAAGUUCGUUCUGCAUCGUGCAAGCAUGGUUGUUUGGGAGCAGAAGCUAGAUUCCCAUCUCAAAAAGGCGAAUCAGAAGGGCUUCAAGGAAUUUUGUAAAACUGUCGGAGAGUAUACCUUUCCGGCACUUCGUGAGGAGAUCCAUGUUUCGAGGAGAGCAGAGUCACUCACCGCAGGGUCGUCUGCAUCCCAACCUGCGAAAGGUCGAGUGAGGGUCUCCAAAGGGACUGCUCCCUCAUGGUCAAGGCAGCGGGAAGGGUCACCUUUUCAUUCGCUCCAAGCGUGUGUUGGAUCCACUGCCGCAGCAGAUGAGGGCUCGGGUGCGAAAACGAAGAAGAAAAUGCUCGCGCGGAAAACGGUUGCCAAAGAUAAGAAGAAAGCGGAGGAGCCAAAGUCUGGAAAGAGGAAAACAGCGGAGAAGAAGUCCGCGAAAGGGAAGGAUCAAACAGAAGAAAAGUUGCCAGUGGCGAAGGAGCUUACUCCUAACGACGAGGCUAAGAAGCUCUCUCGAAUGUGGGAGGAAUUAAAAGAGCUUAAUGACAAGAAGCUUGACGCCAACUCGUUCACCCUUCCAGCGUCCUGCCUCCUUCGACCUCCUGCUGAUGACAGUGCCAAGAGACCACUGGAGGUUCGCGAGCCCGAGGAGAGACAGGUCCGACGGAUCGUGGACUCCAUGAAGAGGAACCCAUAUGCAGACACUCUGGCUCACGUCGGCUUGAUUGAUCCUUCGCAGGCUCGUACGAAGGAAGAUGUGGAUCUCGGCAAGCUGCUCUCUGAAGGCUACAAAGUUUUCGUGCUCAGUGCUGGACACACAAAGGAGGCCAGAGAAUGCCUUAGGAACCUUCACCCGACUGUCUCUGCUUUCCAAAAGGGGAAUUGUUUUAUUUACGUCGGCCUCACCGUCCAGGAAGCUCGUAAGAUCGCGCACGAGCACAACCAUAUUGCAGGCUUCCACCAGGACUUCAGUUUCAUCCAUAAACUGAAAUGCUGGCGAGCGGUGUUCGAAUCGAUGGGCUGCCAAAAGAAUGCCGCUACGAAAGCUGCAUGCUUGCAGGAAAUUGGAUUUUCAAACCCAGACAAAGAUCUUCUGCAGAGGUCAGAUCCACAUUUCCAAGUCUGCAUGCGGUCCAAGGAAGUGUGGACCCUUCAGCUGAAGAUAUUCGAUAUGUGGUUGAAAGGGGAUUGUCUGGACCAGAAAAUGAAGGUCCCUACUGGGAAAAAGGCAAAAAUUUCUUGUGGUGAUAGCGAGGCGGGUGGCCCAGAGGGAACUCGGCCGGGAGCGAAAAAAAGAUUGAAGAAAUUCAAUUCUGCUGAAGCCCAACGUCAGGUACUGCGUUUCUUCAAUCCUAGAGCGCAGGUGGAGCAUGGGAAAAUUGUAGCUGAGCCAACUGACAUGCCACAGGCGCAUUGGGUGGAGAUGGGUUCUCUCGAUGACAAGUCUGUUAUUCCCAUCCUUGAACAGGUGGCCGCAAAGCAACUCUCGAUUGAUGGUACGCGGAAAAAGUUUGAGGUGGCGAAGAGGUUCGGUCGAGUGGUCCUUGAGAACAUCAAGGAGGUAUGCAGUGGACCGUUGUGGACAAUUGUCGGAUUCUGCUCUCUGGACAUGCUGCCCUCGGUUCGGCGAGCGUUCAAGAUGGUUUGCAAUGCAGGAGAGGAGGUGGUCACGUGGUGCAAGCCGAAUGUCAUGAACACAGGAGGGCCUCGUCUUGUGAGCGCGACAGAGUUUUGUGUCAUCGGCUACUACAGCCAAAGUGGUUCUCGAGAGGCAGCUCAUUACAAUUUUGCCAGCAUGGACCCCAGGCACAACUACAGGCUGUUCGAUGUUGUCAUGAAGAAGUAUAUUCAUCCGACUGACCUCGAGGUGCUCGUUUUCUGCAACAGGAAUUGCCUGGUGGUUGACAAGUACCCGCGCUGCAUGAAGGGAAUCCGCUCUCGCAUUCUGAACAAUAUUGGCCCUACGAUUGAAAGAGAAAGCAGGCGCAAGGAGGCCGCAGAGGAGGAUAAGACUUACAAUUGUGUAGUCGCUGCAGAGGACACAACUGCAGCAACAACGCCGACCACUGCUGCAGCAGUAGCAGCAGCAGCCGAACCAGCAGCAGCAGGACCACCCGCAUCAGAAGCACCACCAGCAGGAGCACCAGCACCAGCACCACCAGCAGCAGCACCAACACCAGCAGCAGCAGCAGCAGCAACAGCACCAGCAGCAACACCAGCAGCAGUAGCAGAAACAGCACCACCACCACCAGCAGCAGCAGCACCAGCACCAGCAGCACCAGCAGCAGCAACAAAACCACCCGCAGCAGCAGCAAUAGAACCACCCGCAGCGGCAGCAGCAAUACCACCAGCAACAGUAGCCGCAGCAGCAGCGGGAGCAGCGAGCGCACAAGGGGCAGCGAGCGAGCCAGCAACAGCUGGACCAGGCACAGAAGCGCUCGCACAGGAGAGGCAGCGGGACCUGCACACAGCCAAGACUCCUCACGUGGGACAACUACGAGCAUCCUUCGAUUUUAUUCGCUGCGUGAUCUCCUCUUUUCCCCUGCUCAACAUGAAGAACAGACCGACAAAGUCUGUUCCGGACCUGACCGCGUCCUCGGGCGGAAGCAAAGCACGCAGCAGUGUCGGACGCCCAAGAUCGAACUUUCGAGAGGAGGGGCCAGCAGCGCAUGCAUUCGACGAGGACCCCGAACAACAAGCAGAGGUCGAAGAGGAGCUCACCGGACAGGAAUACGACGAAGAUGAGGAGGACGAGGACAACCCGAUGGGAGUAGAGGACGUGGGGGGAGACGAAGACGAGGAGGAGGAAGAAGAAGAAGAAGAUGAUGAGGAAGAGGAAGCAGAGGAAGAAGAGGAAGAAGAGGAAGAAGAGGAUGAAGAGGAAGAAGAGGAAGAUGAGGAAGAUGAGGAAGAUGAGGCUGAAGAGGAAGAUGAGGAUGUUCAGGACGUAGGCAGGGCACGGAAGAGGAGGAAAAAGGACAGUUGGGUGCAUAACAUUCUCAUGUCGGCGAAACAAACCACGAAACUUCUUCCAUUCUUGUGGGCUGUUUGCCUCACAGCUGCCGGAGUGAAGCUGUACGCGCAGACGGAGAAGCACUACAAAUGUUAUGGCGAGAUCAUUUUUGCAAGUUGGGUGAUGGAAGAACCGGACUCGUUCGUCGAAAUGUGGCCAAAUGACACUGAAGGUUUGAAUCUCUUUCAUUCAGAGCCAACAAGCGAGAUUUUGGCUGCUCCUCGACAUUCGAUACGGUCUUUGGAAGGUCGGUUGAGGUCAGCUUGUGGCAAAGAAGAAGGGGAUGGUACGGAGCUGGAAGGGGACGGUGAAGAAUGUGUACAACGCACUCUGUUAAUUAAUGCAUUAAACGCUAAUCUCGAUGCGUUCUCCAGAUACAUUCAACCCGAUAACGUCACUUGGUGGAAACAUUUCAUCGAAUGUCAGAAAAAUAUGGAUUUCAAUGACAGGAGCCUGAAUGUUCCUUUCUUCUGGCCGACAAUGUCGUCGGAAGGGCCUUGCGAGGACAGCGCGAAGCCUCUGGAUGAAGAUGAGAUUUCUUGGAAUUUGGCUCACCUCUUUCCACAAGAAAGGCCAGUGUACAUUGGUGCGCGGAAGACCAAACAGUACAAAAUGGAAAGAGAGGGACGCUACGAGGACUUGGAGAUCGGGAAGUUCAUUGCACUCCGAGCCUUCCCUGGUGAGGAGGAACGAGACAAACCCUACCACGUAGGCAAGGUUGUGGAGUUACUUCCAAAAGAGCGUUCCAAGGUUGCUUGGUAUGCUCAAAAGGAAAAAGGAGAAGCGUACUUACCGUUCUACAAGCAGACUGCGAGAGGAAAGUCUGGACGUGAAGUCGCCGAAGACAUUUUUGAUUGGAGUUGUGGCGUUCUGUGUUACAACUUUACUCUGAAGGCAGACAACACUCUGUUCGCUGCCACAAAGAAAAAGAUCUGCGAAAUGUUGAACGCUUCGAUUUUCGUCGACGUUAGAGACGGCGAAGAAGAGGCUGGUACCCUUGUAAAGGUGUAGCUUGAAGGCCUUCGACAUGUCCUCCUGUUGAGAUGGUCCUCUCCAAAGGGCAUAGGCCACAGCACUGU